AUGGCUACUUCUAUCCCUCAUAUUCAUUCUUUUGUAAAAGAUCUCAAAAAUAGAUUUGGAUUACAAAACGAUAAUAAGAUUUUUAUUGCUAUAGAAUAAGAACUACUAAAAAAUGAUAUUGUUUUGCUAAAAAGUAUUCUUAAUUAAUAUGAAAUUUAAUUUAUUUUUCCUAGUGAUAUUUAUGCAAUUUAAAAUGAAGGAAAUGUAUAAUUAUUUGAUAAAAAAACAAAUAAUUAAAUAUAAAAAAUAAUUCUUGAACUUCAUUAAACUGAAAUAAUGAGUUUAGAUUAAAAUGUUUUAAUAGGAUUACUUUAAUUAUCUGAUUAAGGAUUAUGUUUAAAUGAUUUACGUGCUAUUCUUAUUCUACACGAUAAAAGGUUACUGACAGUUCUUUCGGGAUUUUAUAGUUGCUAAUUAUUAGAAGAAAUCAUAAUCUGUAAUAAAAAGCAUUCCUUUAGAGAUAGCUCAUAUUUUUCAACAGGAAUAGUUUAACCAUUUUUGAAAAGCAUUUAAUUCCAAGCGCCAAUAUAUAAUGAAAAUAAAGAAUGGUAAUUCGAAAAUUGUAACAUAGUAAGUACUUUAUUAUGUAUGGACGGCAUCUUUUAUGGCCCUGGAAUUUUCAGAUGUUCUUAAUCAGAUAUAAUAGCCCUUAGUAAAGGCGGAUUUUGCUAACCUGCGGCAUUAUUAUUAACUUAAGUUCCUUCUAAGGCAAGAUUUAUUCUAACUACUAGAUUAUUAGAUGAUAGUGAAAAUAAUUAUAAAGAAGAAAAAGAAGUGUUAGGAAGUUAAAUAAAUGCAGCUUUUGAUGAACAUUCAGCUGUAUUAACAACAAUUUUAUCUGAAAAAUAAGGAGAAGAAGAUGAAAAUUGGAAUUCUGAUAGACUUAAAUAAUAUGUUUGUGAAAUAAUAAAAGGUAAACCCUAAGACCAUCUUGAUUGUCUUUUAAAAAAUGAACAAGACUAAUCGUUAAAAUAAUAAUAGGAACUUUAAAUCGAAUAAAGAGCUUUUGCUACUUUUAUAUCUGAAUAAGAAAAAAAUUAAUAAAUUUUAAAAAAUAAACCAAAAAUAGUAUGGGAUAUAAAACCCUAAAGCUUAACUACAAAAUCAAAUGAUGGUUCUAGCAAUAAUACAUAUGCCAGAUCUCAUGGAACAGGUCGUUUCGAUACUCAUACAGAUGGCUCUUGGUACGAAAAACCUCCAAGAGCAUUGGCCUUGAGUGUUUUAAAUUGUGAUAGAAGGGGUGGAGGCUUUUUUUCUAUUGUAAAAGUAAGUGAAUGUAUAAAAUAAUUAAGUGAAGAUGAAUAAUUAGAAUUUAAGUAAAAGAAAUACUUAUAUAAAGUUCCUCCUGAAUUUUCCGGCGGAUAAAAUUCUCAAUAUAAAAUUCUUCCUGUUUAAUUCGAUUAAGAUAAGAUUAGGUUCAGAUAUGACCUUAUGUAACCUUUAAGAGAUGAAAAGUAAUGUCCUCUUUUAGAAAAGUUUAAAAAUAUUUCAAAAAAACUUAUAAAAUAAAAAAUGUGUUUAAUUCCUGAAAAAUAUUGCAUUAUAGCCGAUAAUUAACGUAUUUUACAUGCUAGAACUUUAAUAAAAGAUGAAAGAAGGUUUUUAUAAAGAAUUAGAUUUUUUUUAUGA